UCGAGAGGGAGAAGAGCGUCAGCGGUCUUGGCUGCGUCCCCCUCCCCCUCUCGUGGAGUCCCUUUCGUCCUGGAAACUGGAUUAAUUGUCCCAAGAACGAACUUGACAUCGAGAUUCGAGAUAUAUUCACAGUCCACAGAUUGUUCUCGGUGAUGUGGUGAAUAGUUCAGAAGAGGUACUAAUGUCAGAUAACCAAAACUUGCAGGUGGGGGGAAAAUGACGCAAGAAACGUAAGCAAAUCCAGCAAUGUGAUAUAAAUGUACCACUACAGAGAAAAUGUGUUCGGGGAGAAAUAACCCCGCCAGUGAGUGUUCACCAGAAACACUCAGAGCAGUCACUGUGAUCUUCCGUUGCACUGGAUGACUUUUGUUAACGUUCUGCCGAGGACAACACCAAAAAAAAGCUUGUCGGCCAUCAGCAUGAUCGACGCUGAAACCCGAGACUAGGAAGAGGAUCGGAUAUCAGCCCGUUUUCUCGCCCUGACAUCAAGACUGAAGGAUUUGCUUGACUUCGUCGUGGUGCCAGUUUCAUCUCCCCCCUUUUUCCAAGACCAAAUAGAGGUCACGAGUUCCGGAGGAUAAGCAUCAUCAUGUGAGGCGCGUCUCAGUAUCACGGUCAUGGUCGCAACUCAGCCUCUGGAUCCGCCACUUUGCGUCGCCUUUCUUAACAAGGAAAUAUAGGUUGUUUGCGUUACUCACACUGCCAAACGAGAGCCAAUGGCGCAGGCGAGAUGUCGCUGUUGUAUAUCAUCAUUAUAGUUUCAGCUUGCAGUCACAAGGAAGAGAUGCUCAAACAGGUGUAAUGCAUGGCACGUUGCAAUUUUGCUUUCUUUUCAAUUUGGAAGGGCAGCCUAACGGGGAAGAAACAUAGAUCAAGAUAAUCGUAUCUUCUAUCUUUGUUUUGCUAAGCCUAAGUUGCUUAUUCGUAAUUUUUGUUUAAAUAGCGUAAGAUUAACUUCCCAAAAUGCAAUACACGGACUCUGUCUUCACUCUUCCUUGGGCCAGUUCGAGAGAUCGGAAGGGGGCUGCUUUCACGUCCCCGAUAACGGACACGAACGAAAUAUCGGCGAGAUGCGGGAGAGACGAUAGCAAUAAACUAAUCUUAAGAACCGUCGACAAGGAAGUCCCCCCGAAGACUUGCCCAUCGAGAAAAAUCCACCGACCGAGGCUCACGACCUGCGGUUUCCUCGACCAGGAGAGCCUGCGGUGGCCGGACUCGGGCAGCUGGGCGUCCGUGGCGUGCGGCCUGCGCUCCGUGACGCUCCUGCUGGUGGUGAGCCUGAUGAGCCCCGUGGGAGCCUUCUGCCCGCGCGGCUGCACAUGCGACGACGUGGGCCUCCGCGUGCAGUGCAUCCACGCCGACCUGGAUGUCAUCCCGAUCCUGUUUCAUCCGGGGACGCUCGAGCUGAAUCUGAGCUACAAUAGAAUUAAGACAAUCUUAGAAGGACUCAUAUUCUACGGCGAGCUUCAGUACCUAGAUCUCUCGCAUAACGAGGUUGUUUCCGUUGGUUCGCAGAACUUCGCGUCGCAGAGAGUGCUCAACACGCUCGUGAUCGGAAAUAAUAAGCUUUCGAAAAUUCAGAGUAGAGCUUUCCUCGGCCUUUCUAAUCUCAAGCACUUAGAUUUGAGCGACAACUAUAUCGAGUCGAUUGAGAACAACGCUUUUGGCGCGCUCGUAAAUUUAACAACACUUGACCUGUCAAAUAACAGAAUAAAGAAUCUCACAGUCAAUACCUUCAUGAAACUGCAUGGACUCAGAAGCCUGAACCUGUGCAAAAAUGAAAUGAGAGAAAUUUCGAGUGUAGUAUUUGAACCGCUUAGGGAACUUCAAGACUUAGACCUGUGUUCGAAUCAGUUAAUGACUAUUCAAGACUUUGCCUUUAUGAGCCUGAAGAGUCUAGUGAAUUUGAAAUUAAGCAGCAACAAACUCCACUUCUUGCACGAAAAAGCUCUAAGUGGACUGGAUUCCCUGAAAAUUCUCAACUUGCGAGACAACGACAUCCCAGCGGUUCCCAGCAACGUCCUGGCAGCCACGAGGGGCAUGGAGCAGCUGGAUCUGGGCAUCAACCCGAUCACGUCUCUGCCGUUUCGCCCGUUCAGGCACCUGGCGAGCCUCAGGAAACUGUACAUAUCAAGGUGCGAGAACCUCUCUGCCAUCGACACCGAGGCUUUCACCGGCCUCGCCAAGCUGACAACUCUGGUCCUCAGCUUCAACCCACAAUUAACGACCCUCGAUCGUGACAUAUUCAAGCCUCUCCGCGGUCUCCGGCACUUGACGCUCAGAGGCAACGGUCUCAAGGGCUUUGAUCGUUCUCUUGUUAGUCAAAAUGCUCUCCAGUCUCUAGACCUGAGGGAUAAUAGCUUUGAGUGCAAUUGUUCUCUAAAGUGGCUGCAGGAAGCGAGUUCGAAUAAAACCCUCUCGCUGAAAAUUGAGGAGAUCUUGUGCGCUGGGCCAGAGCCACUAAAAGGGAGAAGACUUUCGGAGUUAUCGGAGUAUGAUCUGGAGUGCUAUGACAAUGUGGUGGUGAUGGCCUCGUGCGCCGCGGCCUCCAUGACGCUGCUCCUCCUCUUCGUGGCCUUUGGGGUUCUCUACUACAAGAACUGUCGCAAGAUGAAGGCGAUGGUUCACGACAACUGGCCGGAGAAGAUCGUGGCCACUUGGAAGGACCCCGAGUACGAGAAGCAGGUGGAGGACGAGGAGUACACCUUCCACUCCCUACGAGGCAUCCAGCACAUCCCGGUCACGGUCAUUUGACAGGAGCUUAGUGGAGACCAGUCGCUGCCUUCGGGUCUCCAUGAGGAACUCAUUGAAAGAACCAAGUCGUUCAAAUCUCUCUCGAGCAAUGACAUCGACAAGAACAGAAGACUUCACGACAUUCCGAGAACGAGCACGCAAGAGUAUUUUUCGUCGCUGAAGUCGUCUCCGGCUGCCAACCAGGACGAGCAGUUCGGGGCGCACUCCCUGGAUAACAGCAUCGCGGGCAGCACGAGCAACCACAGCAGCAGCAGAAACGGAUGCGUCCGUGUCUCGCAGUACUCGCCCCCCUCCCCUCCCUGUGUUAUAACAACCUCCAACUACUACAGCCAGGACAACCAGUACCCCAUUUACGCCGAACCGCUCGUGAAGCCCAACUGCGGCAGCAAAAAAAUAGCCAAGUCCUCCAAGGACUCGGGGUACUACUCGUGCGAAUUCCUGGACCAGAACCCGUACUCGGAGUCCCUGAAGGAGACGGGCAUGAAGUCCUCUCCUUCGUCACAGAGUCAGCCCCUCGGGAGACACCUUCCCCUCACUGACUCCGGGGUCUUCACGCUGAGCCACAUCUACAACAGGCCCAGCCAGUACAGCUUUAACAGCCAGGAGGGAAUUUAUGAUAAUAUCAUAUGAUAAAGGACUUCCGAAUUUGUGUUUUUUUUUU